GCCUAGUAUAACCCAAAUCUAUUGCGAAUUGCUUCAGAACUCCACUCCCUACCCUUUUCCCUCAACAUAUCGCAAAAAUGGCCACGCGAAGCGCAGCCCUCAAGCUCGACUGGACGAAGGUCACUUCCUCUCUGGGCCUGCGCGGCCAGACCGUCGCGAGCCUUCAGGCCUUCAAGCAGCGCAACGAGAAUGCCCGCCGCAAGGUCCAGGCCCUGUCCGAACUGCCGACCAAGGUCGACUUCGCGCACUACCGAUCGAUCCUAAAAAACCAGGCCGUCGUUAACGAGAUCGAGAAGCGCUUCGCUGCCUUCCAGCCCGCCAAGUACGAUGUCACGCGCCAACUCAAGGCCAUCGAAGCUUUCGAGGUCGAGGCUGUCAAGAACGCCGAGAGUACCAAGGAGAAGGUCGACCUCGAGCUGAAGGACCUCGAGGCUACCCUCAAGAACAUCGAGACCGCCAGGCCGUUCGAGGAACUCACUGUGGUAUGUCGAGAUACGAAUACUACUCUUUUUAUUAAGGGCGUGAUUAGCGGAAGCGGAGAGGAAAGACUGGAUGCUAACUCAAAUUUCUCUUCGUGUAGGAUGAGGUCGCCGCGGCGGAACCUUCCAUCGACGAGAAGACGGCGAAAUUGGUGUCCAAGGGCCGCUGGUCUGUUCCGGGAUACAAGGUACGUCCCGGCGUUACGUGCCAGCGCUUGAUAUACGAUGCUAACCCCGUGUUUAGGAGAAAUUCGGUGACCUUUCC